AUGUUGAUCGAUCAUGCAUAUCCAGAGAUUAAACGUGAUUUGAAGAAUGAUUUGUUAGUUCAGUCACACAUGAGCAACGAUUCUCUCAAGCAGCUUGCUAGAUAUCACCCAAACCAUCCAGAACCAAAGAUAGUUGCUGAAUUCUUCGGAUUUAUAAAGGAUGCGAAUUAUGUUGAUCCUGAUCCAGUCAAUCAUCAAAACUGGAGAAAUGAAGAAGAGAAGAAGGAAGCAGCUUAUGCUGAAGAGCUAAAAACUCUUGAGGAGUUCAAAACCACCCGAAAUGACUGGUUUGUCAAAGAAACGAGGAGGAGAGGCAAGAAGGUUACCCCUAAAUCACAGGAGGGUGAGGGGUCAUCUUCGCAGCCAAAGAAGAAACAAAAGAAAGUGGCUAAGACGUUAUUGAUUGAUGAGCCUGAGGUUGAGGAGCCGGCUGCAAAUGUUGAAGAAGAUCCAUAUGCUGAUAUUGAUCAAGUGAUGUUAAAUGUUGAUGAUUUAGUGUCUGAGCAAGCGGCUAAUGUGGAAGCUGAGAAAGAGAAAGUUCUUGAUGAUGUCGAAGGUGAUGAUGUCAAUAAAAGUAUAACAAGUUCUUCGAGUUCUUCUGAUGAAGAAACAGAUGAGACUGAACGUCUAAGAAGAAUUCAAGAAGCUACAGAGAAAGAGAAACAAUUAAAGAAGAGGAAGAGACAGGAGAAAGAUGAUGCUGCAUACGUACCAUCUCCUGAGCACGUUUCUGAAUCUCAAUCACCUUCGAGUGGUAAAAAGAAAGCUGGAGCAAGAAAAAGAAUUGUAUCUCCAAAAAUAAAGAAAGUUACUACAAAGAUUACAAAGCCGAAGAUAGUUCUGAAGAAGAAAUCGGCCAAAGAACCCAGUAAACCAUCAACACCACCACCAGAAUCUACCCCACAUCAAUCACCAAUACAAUGA